AACUUGUUUGUUGCUGUUAUUUUAUGGAAAAAUACAUAAACGAUUGAAGACAACGGAUUUGUUAUCACAGCAUUAUUAUGCUAAAUCGAUUUCUUGCAGUGAAAAAUAUUAAUUUGCGCUUUUGCACUAACGGAAUAAAUCCAUAUAAGAAUCUGCUAAAGCCAAUCAAAAUUGGAUCGAAGGAGUGCCAAUAUUACGAUAUUGGCAGUUUUGGUACAAAAUAUGACAGACUUCCAUUCUCUAUCCGAGUGCUCUUGGAAAGCGCUAUACGGAACUGUGACAAUUUUCAAGUAACAAAAAGUGACGUUGAGAAAAUUUUAGAUUGGGAAAAUAAUCAGACUGAAGAUGGAGUUGAAGUGGCUUUCAAGCCAUCGAGAGUUAUAUUACAAGAUUUCACUGGAGUACCAGCGGUAGUGGAUUUUGCUGCUAUGAGAGAUGCAGUGAAAAGACUCGGCGGUGACCCUGAUAAAAUUAAUCCAGUUUGCCCGUCAGAUCUUGUAAUCGAUCAUUCGAUACAGGUUGAUUUUACAAGAAGCAAGGACGCCCUAAAGAAGAACGAAGAGCUUGAAUUUGAGAGAAACAAGGAACGUUUUAUGUUCCUUAAGUGGGGUGCAAAAGCAUUUGAGAAUAUGUUAAUUGUACCUCCCGGCAGUGGCAUCGUGCAUCAAGUGAAUUUGGAGUAUCUAGCGAGAGUGGUGUUUGAUUCCAACAGUCUUCUCUACCCCGACAGCUUAGUCGGUACCGAUUCUCACACUACCAUGGUAAAUGGUUUGGGUGUACUUGGAUGGGGCGUUGGUGGUAUUGAAGCAGAGGCCGUUAUGCUCGGUCAAGCGAUCUCUAUGUUAAUACCAAAAGUCGUCGGGUACAAAUUGGACGGUGUAUUGAAUCAGUAUGCUACAUCUACUGAUCUUGUUCUUACUAUUACAAAGAAUCUUCGACAAGUCGGAGUGGUCGGCAAGUUUGUCGAGUUCUUUGGACCUGGAGUAGCGCAAUUGAGUAUCGCCGAUCGUGCUACCAUAUCUAACAUGUGUCCAGAAUACGGAGCAACGGUUGGUUUCUUCCCAGUGGAUCAACAAAGUUUAACGUAUCUUAGACAAACAGGUCGAUCUGAGGAACAUAUUAAUAGGAUUGAGAGAUAUCUUACAAGUGUACGCAUGUUGAGGAACUACGACGAUCCGCGUCAAGACCCAAUCUUCUCCGAAGUGGUUACAUUGGAUUUAAGCACGGUAGUUUCGAGUGUCAGCGGACCUAAGAGACCUCACGAUAGAGUUGCGGUGUCCGACAUGCAAAUGGAUUUCAGAAAUUGCCUCGUAAAUAAGAUAGGCUUCAAGGGCUAUGGUUUAACUAAGGCGAAGGUUGAUACCAUAGGAAUGUUUGAUUAUGAAGGAAAAGAUUACAAACUAAAGCACGGAUCGGUGGUAAUUGCGGCAAUUACGAGCUGUACAAACACGAGCAAUCCGAGCGUUAUGCUUGGAGCAGGUCUCCUCGCUAAAAAAGCGGUGGAAGCUGGCUUGAGUGUCGCACCGUACAUAAAAACAUCAUUAUCACCUGGUUCGGGAGUUGUUACUUAUUAUCUCGAGGAAAGCGGAGUAAUUCCAUCUCUGGCAAAGCUGGGAUUCGAUAUCGUGGGCUAUGGAUGUAUGACUUGCAUCGGAAAUAGUGGACCACUGUCUGACGUUAUCGUUGAAACUAUAGAAAAAAAUGAACUCGUAUGCUGUGGAGUUUUGUCAGGGAACAGAAAUUUCGAAGGUAGAGUCCAUCCGAAUACUCGUGCAAAUUAUUUGGCCUCCCCACUUUUAGUAAUAGCUUAUGCUAUUGCUGGUACUGUGGACAUCGAUUUUGAGAAGGAACCUUUAGGUCGCAAAUCUGACGGUACCCCAAUAUUCUUGCAAGAUAUAUGGCCGACCAGGUCAGAGAUUCAAGCUGUUGAACAAAAAUAUGUCAUUCCAGCCAUGUUUAAAGAAGUCUAUAGUAAAAUUGAACAUGGCAGCAGUAAUUGGGCGAACUUGGUAGCGCCUGAAGGCAAACUGUAUCCGUGGGACGCUGAUUCCACGUACAUUAAAAAUCCGCCAUACUUCGACAAUUUGCAGAAGGAACUACCAUCAAUAAGGCCAAUCAAGGGAGCGCGAGUACUCGUGCACCUUGGAGAUUCCGUUACGACCGAUCAUAUCAGUCCAGCAGGUAGCAUUGCGCGUAAUUCGCCAGCAGCCAGAUAUCUGGCGAAUCGUGGCUUAACGCCGAGGGAUUUUAAUUCAUACGGUUCGCGCAGAGGAAAUGACGCCGUGAUGGCGCGGGGCACAUUCGCUAACAUUCGUUUGGUGAAUAAAUUCAUUGGCAAAGCGGGACCACGAACGAUUUACAUUCCAACUAACGAAGAGAUGGACGUAUUCGACGCAGCUGAGAAAUACGCAAAAGAUGAAACGACUCUGAUCGCUUUGGUCGGCAAGGAAUACGGGUCCGGAUCUUCUAGAGAUUGGGCCGCUAAAGGACCAUAUCUCCUUGGCAUUCGAGCAGUUAUAGCCGAAUCGUAUGAAAGAAUACACAGAUCGAAUCUUGUGGGUAUGGGUAUUGUUCCACUGCAAUAUCUUCCUGGAGAAAAUGCGGAGUCCUUAGGAUUAACGGGUUACGAGCAAUAUGAUAUCGCGAUUCCCGAGAAUUGUCAACCAGGACAAAAGAUUAUAGUGAACACUGAUAAUGGCAAAAAGUUCGAGGUGAUUGCACGAUUCGACACCGAAGUUGACUUGACCUACUUCAAGCACGGCGGUAUCCUCAACUACAUGAUUAGAACAAUGCUUUGAUGAGAUUUUUUACAAAAAGAGAUCGUAUUUUCAAUCUUUUAAAAGAUUAUUUUAAAAGGAUACUUAAGAAGAAGAUACUUAAUAUUGGUUUUGGGAUAAAAAAUGUAAAUCUUUUUUUAAAUAGAACUCAGAUGAAGAAAGAAUAUAAUACGAGGAUGAGGAUACGAUAUAUUACAGUUAUAAUAAAAAUAACUAUUGUUUCUUUGUUUUGUUCGGAAUGACCAAUAUCGCAAUAUUCGUGCAUAUUUGAAUUUCUCGUUAUAUUUAGAACUAUUUCCCGUUUUAAAAAAUUUAGCUGCCCAUAUAAAAGCGAAUGCUGAAACUCACACAAUAAUCCAACAACGUUCGUUUAUCAUGUUAAUAUCAUGUUACGUAUCGUUUAUCAUGUCAAUAUCGAACGAUUGAUUUUUUAAAUAUUUUAAAACUGUUAUAAAAUAUAUAAUGUUACUAUAUAUGUAUGCGGAAAAUUAUUGUCUUUGCUUUUGUGUACCGUAAUAAUAAUAAUAAUAAUAAACUAUUGUCGAAUUGUUGCAGUA